GCACAUAUAUCCCCGACAAAGGUAUUGAAAAGAAGUUGAAGCCACAGAGCAAAGGUACAUUGGGCCCUCAUAUGGUUUUUGAAGGAGAAAGUACGUGUGUCCAUGAUAUGGGUCUUGAAGAGAAGUUAAAGUUGCAAGAUAUAGGGACAUCAGGACCUGAUAUAGGUAUUGAGAAAGAGUUGAGGUCUCAAGGAACAGUCUGUGACAUCUCUGAUAUUGGCAUUGUAGGAAAUUUUAAAUUGGGAGGAACGGGUACUUGUGUCCCUGCAAUGGAUAUAGAAGAAAAGGCAAAGGCUCCAGCACUUGGAAAAUACAUACUUAGUACAAGUGUUGAAGAACAGACACAAGGAACUGGCACACUCUCUUUUCAUGCACAUCGUUCUUGCGAGAGCAGUGAGAGUUAUCAACCCCAAAACCAAGGCUUUUUGCUGAAAUCUUCUCUUAACAUUGAGGAGGUUGAUGUUUCCUCAGAACCAGAAAAGGACGCAAGCAGCAGCUGUUUUGAUCUGUCACUAGAAGAUUUCCCUCUUCUUCCAAGCUGUAAGAAGGUUAUCGCAUCAGCAAAUCAUCAGUCCGUUCAUACCACUACAGAGUCCCCGGUGGCCUCAAAAUCGUCACCUUGCUCAAAGAGUAUUGAGUUUAGGACUUUUGGGCUGCCUUCACCAGUGGAAGGGAAGCAUGCAGAUUACGACGAUUCAGCCACUGUUGAUUCUAUGCUCAACGUCUUAACUAUUGCAGCUCAGGAGCCAUCAAAUUUAUUAGAGCCUGAUAAAGAAACGGCUCUUGUUCACUCAUACCAGCUAGAAGAUGACAAGGACUUCCCCCCCCUUAAGCCAGAAGCUCUAUAGUCGAAUGAUGGUAUGAAGAUGCUGCUGACAUAUAAGCUCACUCUCUUGUCCAGUCACUAACUUUGAUUGCAGAGCAACACCCCUUCCCCUUCUAGAUUUCAAUAAUAUUAUCAUUUCUUUUCCAAAUCAUAACUUUAGACCUCCAUUGACCCUUACUAAUUUGGAGGUGAUCAUAGAUGCAAAUGAUGGUUUGUACAUGAACUAAUACUAAUAAAGAUGAUAAACAUC